CAACAACUAAUCUACAAUUUACUCUCCAUAUCUGCAUCCAAGACACUUUGGACCCCUAAAACCCUCACAACCUCUGCCCAGCCGAAAAUUUCCAUAGAAACCAACCUAUCCAACCAGAUACCCGCAUCCUCUAACAAACAGCCUUAUCAAAAACAAUCAAUGCCCAUUAUCGUUAUCACUCUCAUUACCAUUGACCGAACACAUUAACAUAAUUCAUGGGGCUGGCGACCUUGAACUCGUAUCAUGUUUAUGUGUGCUACGAGGCGAUAAAGUUCAAGAAAACUCGUAUACAAAGCGGAAUUUUUAAAAAUUACUCUCAUUUCUGUGCGGUGCUCGGGAUGGAUCAGAUCAGGAACGGAUGGUUCAGCGAAAUUAACGAACUAUGGCCCGGCCAGUGCCUGAGCCUUCAAGUGGAAGAGGUCCUGCUGAAUGAGAAGUCCGACUUCCAAGACGUGCUAGUUCUGCAGACCAAACACCACGGCCGGGCCCUCAUCCUCGACGGCAUAAUCCAAUGCACCGAGCACGACGAAUUCUCCUACCAGGAGAUGAUCUCCUUCCUCCCGCUGUGCGCGCACCCCGCCCCCUCCCGCGUGCUCAUCGUCGGGGGCGGCGACGGCGGCGUGGCCCGCGAGUGCCACAAGCACCCGCUCGUCGAGCACGUGGUCCAGGUGGAGAUCGACUCCAAGGUGGUGGACGCCAGCAGGCGCUUCCUGCCCUUCAUGGCCCAGGGCUUCGAUAGCGACAAGCUCACGCUCACCAUCGGCGACGGCUUCAAGUACAUGGAGGAGCACAAGAACGAGUUCGACGUCAUCAUCACCGACUCGAGCGACCCCAUCGGGCCGGCCGUCAACCUCUUCACCGAGUCGUACUUCCGACUGCUCAAGGGGGCGCUGAAGAGGGGCGGCGUGAUCUGCUCGCAGAACGGGACGGUGUGGACGGAGCUGGACAAGGUGAAGGAGACGCUGGACCACUGCAGGAAGCACUUCCCGGUGGUCAAGUACGCGGUGACCAGCGUGCCGACGUACCCGUCGGGGCAGAUCGGGUUCAUCGUGGCGGCGGCGGGGAAGGCGGAUCCCGCGGUGCCGAAGUUCAGGGUGGGCGAGACGGAGGUGGAGGAGAUGGGGUUGCGGUAUUAUAACGGCGAGGUGCACUCGGCGGCCUUCGUUUUGCCGAAUUUUGUCAAGAAAGUAUUGUAUGAUUAAAGAGAAUUUUUGAAUAAAUUUACUUUUUUAAAGA